UUGAAACUCCUACCAGUUCCACUCGUCGGCUAUUUUUUUUUUCUUAACCCCGUCGCGUCGACCGUCUCGCGCAUUGGCUUUGAAAAGAACCCGGACGGGCUGUCAUAAAGUGUUUUUAUUAUUAUUAUUUAGCUCUCUCGCGCUAUGGCUUGCGUAUUUAUAUCGAGUUGAGGCUGCAUCCAGCGUUCGGAGGAGCAGACAGCUGACAGACGGACGGACUGACCGCAUCCCCACUUCGGAUGCUGCCCGAGGCGAGGUGCAGAUGCGGACCGUCUGGCUUGAAAAAGCUGAAAACUGACGACUGUCCCAUCCGCGAUGGAUACCCCCGAGAGGCUUGACCGUGAUGCUCGGGGCUGAGGCGGAGUGAGGCCGAGGAGAUGGGCUGCACCUCUGCCAAGCAGGUGUCUGCAGUGCCCAACAGUGAAGAGGAACACAGCAAAAGCUACAGCAAUGGAGACCUCUUAUCCGGCGAUGAGUACAAGAUGAAAGGAGUGGAGAAAGUCAAGUACCUAAGUGGAGAAGAGGUGGGAGCGGACAGCCACGACAGCACGGAGAAAAGUGCUUUACUUGGCAAGAGUCAACACUUUGACGAGACGGGAUCCAACCAAGAUGGAAAGAUACUGAGCAUUCAUUCCUCAGAGAGCCAGCAAGAAUUUUUCAGGAUGCUCGAUGAGAAAAUUGAAAAGGGCAGGGACUACUGCUCAGAGGAGGAAGAAUUGAGCUAGCAGCCAUCGCUUGCACGGACAGAAAAGAAAGGAAGCCGGCCGGCCAUGUUCCACCCUUUUCAAAGGGCUCCAGGACAAAACUGGUCGCUAGCUCGCUCGUUCCUCCUAAAAACAGUGGAUGAGAAGACUCAACUCGGCUCGGGUUGACUUUAUUGAAAAGCCAUCAAAGGAUGUCAGGGAUUUGGAGAUCACCAGGAACUCUGUCUUCACAGCUUGGAUUUCUCCUCAAAGUCACCACACGCAUUUACAACGAACUGCGCUACUUGCGUGCAUGACUGGCCUAUUCGCCCGCCACUUGUGUAAAAAAAAAAAAAAAAAAAGAACAAAGGAGUGCAUUGCUGCCACACAGAAAGGAAAAAAAAAAAAAUCGACAGCGUCACCUUCUUUGGGCGCCAUUGGCGAUGAAGACGUCCAACCGCAUGGCUCUUAAGAGCUCAAUUAAAACACUUUCAAAUGAGUUUAUCACGAUUAGACCCGUUCGAAGUGGGAAAGUGGUAUCCACGUUUUUCACCUUAAUUUGCAAUUUUCCCCCCUCUAUGUGCUUUUCGCAGUUGUCCAUGAACACUAGGAUUGGACACCACAUGAUUAGAGGUCUAUCAACGAUGUUACAAUGAUUUUUGUAGCAAUUGGUGUCAGUCUCUCAAUGGAUUGAUAAAAUGAAGGUUAAAAAGUGCAAAACUCUACUCAGCAAUUGGAAUUCCUUUGCCUUGAGUCCUUUUCAAUCCAAAUGAUUGUUUUGAUAUCAGCGCACACCACUGCUUUGGUCUCUUUUAUGGGCCCACACUAAAUGUUUGUCCCCCACCCCCCAACAUAUUUAUGUGAAACAAGGCUCAGGGUUGCUUCUCAUCAGCACCACACAGUAAAAACUCAUUUAGUACCAAUGACAGCAACAGACGUCCAAUCGCGCGGCUCGUUAAUCGGCGUCCGUUCCAUUUGAAGUGAGACGGGUCGUUCAUUUGGCACCAUCCUUGCCACUUCGAACGGAUUGGACGUCUAUCGCCGCCCAUGACAGCCACUUAGUAAAUAACAGAUGCUUUGACAUUGAUAAAAUAAUCUUCAGUUCAAAAAUAAACUACCGUAGUUAUGACUUGGGGGCAGUUUACAUGUUGACUCUCCGAGAAGACUGUUCCUCUUCAAAUUUUCAAAUUUGCAGUUAUAUGGUUCCGUCUCCAAUCGAACAAUGUCGCAAUUCCGCAUGAAAACGAUGCAGUAUUCAUGCCAGGCCCUAGGGGGCAGUGCAGAUUUACAAGGCGACAGCGAAUGAUGCACUUUGACCUCCUCAGCCCGGAAGACAACAUGCCCAAGCAAAGGUAUUUUCUUUUGUUCAAAAAGGGACAACGGUCCGACUGCCAACCCUCUAAUUUCGAACAGAUUGGACGUCUAGAGCCAUCGUGGGAGAGACCGCGAGAACAAAAAAAUUGGUAUUUGCCAUGUGGCAAAAUGGAUUUCGACAUGAGGCAUUUUUUUGCCAUGUGCUCAAAUGGAUUUUGGUUGGAUGUAUGGCAGUUUUGCAGGCCAUACACGUCCAAAUUUUCCAUUCAUAUUACAUAGCAGAAAAACACGUGUAACUGAUUUUUGACCAUACACUUAGCUUUACAGCGCAUUGACAUUCAACUGGCAACCAAGUCAGGCUAUGCCCUUGACAUCUAUGCCCGUCCAAAUUUUCCAUUCAUAUUAAAUGGCAGAAAAACAUGUGGCUGUGAUUUUCUACCACAAAAAUGCCACUAACCAAAAUCCAUUUUGCCACCUACCAAAAAAUAAAAAGCCACAUGUCAAAACCAAUAUUGCCACAUUUAAAAAAAUGUCACAUGGCAAAAAAAACGCCACAUGGCAAAUACCACUUUUGUUUUCUCGGCCCUACUGCGUCGUUGGCAGACAAGAGGUAAAAUAUAUUAUUUGUUCCUUCUCAGGCCAAGACACCCCCUCCUACCCAUUAGUUUACCACUACAUUCAUUCGCUGCCACCAUCCCUCCCACUUCAAACGGAUUGGACGCCAAUGGCAUACAAUGAGUUAAAACGCUCACACGUACUGACCCCCAUCACCACUGCAUCCGGAGGAACCCUGCACGGGUCAGUUUGUCGCACCAGUGUCACUGUGCAAGUCAAUGUUGGUCUGGUUUUUCUAUGAAAAAAUAAAAUUAAAAAAAAAUUCCCAACUGUUUCGAGUCCACCUCACCUA